UUUACCUGCCAGCAACCACACCGUCCGCUCGCUCCUGCUUUGUUUUGAGAGGUUAGACUUCAAAAACACCUGUAGAUUUUCUCGUUUCCUACCCUGAUUUCAGCCCCGCGGUUGCUACGAUUUAUAAACCUUUUGCUCGGAUAUUUUCUCGUACUCAUUUUGUAAUCAUUUCCCUCAUUUGUGUUAUAUUCGCGUCCUGUUCCGAGUGUUAUAAACGUGCUAUUUAUCAAGUGUUGUGGUUGUGCUCCAUGCUGUUUUUGUUUACUUACCUACCAUCGUUUCUUGUCUAGCCUUUACUUUCUUGAACAAAGUGGCGUGGUUCUCUUUCAAUUAUCGUGCUUGUCUCCCUUUCGUUCAAAAGUCUGUGACCGGUUUUAGUUCUAUCCGUUGUGCUAUUCUUCAGAAGGAGAAUCUGAGUCAGUUCAUUCAAGGUUUUCUCCUGGAUUUGUGACGCAGGAUUUAUGACACUAAGGUUUCGGAUGAAUGAAUGAAAGCGGAAGAAGAAGAAGUAGCGGCGGGGCAUCGGGAGCGAGUGCGAGUCGGAUGGAAAGUGCAAGUUGAGCCGGGACUCGUCUUUGGCGCCGGGACGAAAAGCCAUGCGCUCGAGUCGAUAGCGAACCCAACUCCCAGCCGACUCGGGGCCAUGCAUCCCCGCGCCCGGGCCGUAACGGUGCUCUGAAACCGGUUUCGCGACGCGGCAUGAGAAGGUGACGCCGAGAGCCAGAGAAAGAUGGAGCGCCAGGAGACGGACAGCCCCCUGGAGGUCGGCCACAAGGCCCAGCACAGCCACGACUCCGGCGCCUACAUCGACUGGAACGUGGACGAAUCCUACGCCAACUACGUCGGCCCCAAAAUCCAAGACCCCGCCGCCUACAACAGCAACGUCAGCGGCGGCUUCGUCACCGUCGUCGCCGUGGAACAGACCCCGGCCAUCGAGAAACCUCUCCCGUUCGUCACCGUCCUGGCCAUCAACGAUGAAGAACCCCCGAAGGAGAAAGACGACGAUGCCGAGCUCGUUCUUCUUUACAGACUCCCCGGUGAGAGACUCGGGCUAGGCCUCAAGUUCGACGGAGGCGUCAAGUCUUGCGAAAAAGUCGACAAGCUCUUCAUACAGUCCUGCGCUCCGAACAGUCCGGCCUCCCGCUCCAAGGCCUCGUGGGGCUUCCUCGCAGCCGGCGAUGAGAUCCUAGCCAUCGACGAGGUCGCCGUCAACAGCAUGACGCGCAUCGAGUGCGUGCGAUGCCUCAAGGAAUCGAGCGUGGUCAUCAAACUCUUAAUUCGGCCCAACCCCACGGCGCAGCGCCCCAACCCCGCCGACGCGGGUGAACCCGCCCCGACCGGCGAGAGUGCUCCUCCUCCGGUACCCCCGCGCAAGUUCCGCAAGAACUCCUUGCAGGCCUCCGAGUCGUUGUCCAACGUCUCCCUCUUGGUGCACCCUCCGGAGGACUUCGCGGACCGCAGCGCGGAGCCCUGCCACAAAUGCAAGGCGUCCCCGAAGGCCCUGCCAAGACACACCUUCACCAACGGCGACGCCCAGGAGGCCCAGGUUUAUACAGACCUCUUCGCUGGGGAGGACACGGAAGUGAACUUCAUCGAAUCCGAGUCGGACGACACCGGAAGCAGUUUGUCGACUGUCAUCGACAGGGUGUCCUCCGGCCCGACAACCUCAAACUCGAGCUUCUCCGAGGUGCGAUCGACGACCUCGGCGGAGGCACCCUUCGACGCCCCGCGCACCCCCAACGCAUGCUCGACUGUGUACUUGGACCGCGUGCUGGAGCCCUUUCUUCAGCUGGAGCGAGAGUUCUCCUCCAGCGCUGUCAUUGAGGACAGCACCCUCUUCACCAAGCUCGUCGCAGCCGCCUCCAUAGCCGAUGGAAAGCCCAGCACCGUCCCGAAUGAAGCUGAACCUGUUUCCCUCCAGCCGCCAGCGAAUUUCCAAGACCCGGACGCCCAGAACCCUCCCGAAGAGGCGCCUGUUCUGCCGCCGAAACCUCUCCCGAGGAAGGACAUCCAGACGCAAAAGGGGAAGUUCAAAUCCGGAAAGAAAAGACCGCCUCCUCCGCCUCCGCCGGUGAAGUCGGACCGACCUCUCCCGGUGCCUGAGCCCUCGAUAGACGACACCAAGGAGGAGGAAAACUUCAGUGAUUUUGACCAUCUUCCGCGCCUCAUAGACUUCGUGCCGAAGGACAGAACCGAUGUGAUAGUGCCGAACGCGAUUCACGCGAGUGUCAAACACGCGGAACACGCGGACCAAAUACAGAGUGUCAUCCACGCGACCCCCAAACAAGCCGAAGCGAACGCGUUGGAGGUGGCGCCGAAUCCGAGUGCCAAACUCGCGGAGGUGCCGCCGAGCGUCAUCCACGCGAGUCUCAAACCCCACCCGGAAGUGCCACCGAGUGUGAUACACGCAAGUGCCAAACAACCCGACUCGACGGGCGGUUCCCACGCGAGUGCCGCGCAUCAAGAGCGGGUGGAGAUGCUCAAGUUGUUGGAUAUAAUGUCGACCCCGAGUGAUAACCGAAGUGUGGUCCGGGAAAACGCCUUCGUUCCCGUCCAAGCGGGAGACGCGCCGCGCGCCCCUGAAACAGUGCCCCACGUUGAGGAACACUCCGAAUCCGAGUCGUCCGUUCCGAUCGAGUUUGAGUCACGCGCAGAUGCUGUUGAUGAGGAUCAAUCUCCUGUCAGUCUCGAGACAUCUGAAACUGACAAGUCUGAUCCAGAUGACCACCAUGAAUCAAACUCUAAUAACCCCGUCAAUGUUGAAAAUGACUCCGAAAAUGCCCUCAAGAACGGAACUUCUGCUGAAACCGCUGGAGAUACGUCACCGAACGACCAACCCAGCUCUGCUCCACAGGAAAUUAAAGGUGUGAGCAAAACUAUGGAUUCGUUGCUUGCCAUCAGCUCCAGCCCCAGCACAGCUCAUAGUCUGCCUCCGCCGCCGAGCUUCUCGCGGCUCCCCCCCGACGGCCACGAGUUCCCGUUCCCACCCAACUACCAAGAAACUGGCCCCCUCGCCCUCCCGCAAGUCCCGUCGGCAGACGGUGACGCCGACUGCACGGCCGCCAGCAUGAAGCUCAUCUGCUCGCCCGAAGUGACCUCCAUCAAGCCCUCCUACUUCAACGGCACCGCCGCCAAAGGCGACGAGCCCCCGCCGGCGAGGACCUUCACCGCCUCCGAUGGCUUCAAGAAGAUGGGCUCCGCUUCCUGGCGCAACGACGAGAAGAGCGAGAAGAGCGUCCGGGACAAGAUCGCCAUGUUCUCCAACCGCCAGAGCGACCAGGGCUCCGAACCGGAAGGGAGCCUGAAGAAGCUCAACCGCUUCAAGAGCUCGGAGAACGUUUGCUCGCAGAACGACCUGGUGGAUUGCGCCCUCGGCAGCUCGACGGCCAAGUCCCUCUCCAGGUCGUACAUGAACGUCAACAAAAUCGGGAACCACACGGACCGCCACUGUCAGGCCUUCUCCAGGAGCACCUUGAGAAGAAGCCCCGAUCUAGAGGCGACCCCCAACGCUCGUAGCUUCAUCCUCAACAGUAAACUUCACUCCUCCCCGCCGGAGCUAGACUUCGGGAUACGAACCCAGAACACUGUGGAUCUGGCCCUUUCCUCUUCUUCCUCUGCUUACUCGUCGUGCUCCCCUGAAUCCUCCCUUUCCCCGACCUCGUCUCCGUCAUACGUCAUAGGGUCGUCUUGUACCUUGCCCCGGAAGACAGACGACUUAGACCCCGGAAUUUCCACCAUGACUAGAGCCACUAGUUUCUCUGGCGGAAUGAGGCCUCACAACCGGUCGCAGAGCCUUGUCGAUGUGGGCAACCUGCAGAAUCGGUACCCGAACGAGAAGCCCUUUUCCAAUUCAGACACAGCCAACCGGCAAGCGUCCUUGAACAACCUCAUCGAGCAAAGACGACGGAGCAUGUCCAAACUGAGAGGACUAGUCAUUCCGGAGAAGGUCACGGAGAUCUCCAACCUAAAUCAAACGAUCCUGGAUCUCCCGGAGAUUAAAACCGAAAUCAAAAUCAGCUGCGACAACGACGAUCGGAACUUGAAAUCAAACGUCAAUUACCCCCUGAAGAAUAGAUUUAAUAGUUUAACCAACCAACAGAACAACUUCAGGCGGCAUAGCAACGACUCCAACAAAGACUCGCAUCUGGCCAAUCUGUACUCGCCGCAGACGAAGGAAAACCUCGGCCGGUCGUGGAAGUCGCAGUUACCGACGAACGAGAUCCCGAAGUACUCGCCCGCGUUCAAGCGAAAAUCUUUGACCGUGUGCAGCAAACCUGCCAACUCCAUCGACAGAAACCAAACAAACACUAAUUCGAACAACAUCAAUUCAAGCUCCCCUCUGUCACGAAAGCUAUCCGCGACGUUGAGCCCUCGACCUUACCCCUACACGAACGGAAACUUAUCGGAUAGUAAAACCGAUAAGAGCCCGCUCGACUUCGGCAAGAGGUUCGAAACGAAGAGGAACGGCUACUUGAUCCCGACGAGCCUGACAACAGACAAGCUCAAGCUCGACUACGAAGAGGUCGGUCGUGAUGGCGGAGGAGGCGACAGCGAUAGUGACAGCGCGGUGAGCUCCAGCCGGUCCAGCAUCUCGCCGCCCAUGUCCCCGAUGCCCGAACCCAACUGUCACCACUUGAACGAAGACGAUCGACACAUGAACAACACGGAAAAGCUCCUACACCGAACGCUAUCCUCGGACACUACCGCGUCGGCCGCCUCCUCCACGACCUCGACGCUCACCUCCGGCUCACAAGCGAGCAGUAGCUCCGGCGGCGCGCCCUCCAAGCGAGUCCUCAAGCCGCAAAGCGUGGAGGCCAUCAACAGGAAGAACGUCCUCACAUCCGCCAAGUAUUCUUGCGGCCUGGACUCGAAAAUCGGGUCGCCGCUCAUCCAACGCAAGUUCGAGGAGAAGACCGGGAGCACGGCGAGUCUCGGCGAUGACUUGGCCGCUGACCUGGAGUUCCUCAACUACUUGGAGAAGACAGUUUGCCGGAAGAACGGUCACGAGGAGAAGGAACCGCGUGCCGGAAGCGAUUCGGUCUUCCACCAGCCGACGGACACCCCCGACGGGAACGUCGAGAUCGCUUACUUGAACGUGACGGAGCCGGCGACGCCCGAAACGGAAUCCGAACAAAGUCAGAACUCGUUGAGUUCCGAGUCGACGAACGGCCAGAGCCAGGUGGACCUGAACGGCAACGAGCCGAAACCCUUCUUCGGGCCCAAGUCGUCGAGCCGCUACGACGACCACGACACCCCGCUAAUCAAAAAGCUCAGCAAGGAGUUCAACAUACCAAUCACGGUCAACGACGACAUGUCGGACUUGAGCCUGUCGAAGGACUCGAAGCCCAAGAUGGAGCGGUUGCUCUCCCCGGAGCCGUACCGCCCGGAGCACCGCCGCUCGGUCCUGUCCCCGGAUCCGUACCGCGAGUCGCACGUGGACGAGACCAAAGCCAAGUUCUUGAGUCAGGAUCGGAAGGAUACAAGUGCCAAGGUCACUGGAAGGACGGCCAUCAAUACUCAUAGGUCCGUGAGCGUGAACGAUAUCAGGAAGGCUUUCGAGAAGCCGGAGCAGACUGUGACGCCCCCGCACAGCAAGAACUCUUUGUCCAAGGUGGCCAACCAUGCCAGGGUCUCCUCCUUGGACUCCACGGCUAGUGAUGACAGCUUGCUUCCUCCCUAUGGUUCAGUCUCCAAUCUUCAUCGAGAGCAGUUUGGAAGUAUUUCUUCGCUGGCCUCAUCGACAAGCCUCAUCUCUCAGCAGGAAUUGCAGCAGCUAAUAGAUGAUGCUAAUCAAACAGCCGAGGAAGCUGGGGGCGAGGGAAACGGACAUGAAGUAGCAGUCAUCGUUCUUCAUCGUGAUGUCCCUGGUGCCAGCAUCGGCAUAACCCUGGCUGGUGGCGCUGAUUAUGAAACCAAAGAAAUAACGGUUCACAAAGUUCUCGCUGGAAGUCCGGCUGAUAGAGACGGGAGGAUCCAGAAAGGUGAUCGAAUCCUGUCUAUUAACGGUCGCAGCAUGAAGGAUGCCACCCAUCGGGAAGCUUUAUCAAUACUGAAGGCUCCUCGUUUUGAGGUCGUUUUAGUCGUUUCACACUGGAGGCAUAAAAAUGGGGAUGCCCCGGUGGAAUCUGAAACAGUUGCUCGAACAGUACAACCAUCUCGCGCAUUCAGGAAAUUAAUCGAAGACAGCCAAGUAGAACACAAAAUUCCAGAUUCAGAAGCUGUGAAGUAUGAUCCACCAGUGACAGUUACUUUAAUCAAAGAUGGAGCUGGUUUGGGUUUUAGUCUAGAAGGUGGGAAAGAUUCUCCAGUCGGGGACCAACCUUUGACGGUCAAGAAGAUUUUCUCCGGUGGUUGUGCUGAGAAAUGUGGCCAAUUAUCUAUUGGAGAUGAAUUACUGAAAGUCAAUGAGACUGAUGUUACGGUCAUGACCAGAAUCGAAGCCUGGAGUCUGAUGAAGCGACUGGAUAAUGGGAAAGUCACUUUGACCGUGCGACACGUCAGUGAGAAGAAAGAAACAUGAGUAUUUUUGAAGUCUUUGGAACUUGUAAAAUAAGUCAAACUUAUCUAAAAAUAUAUUUUCAUACCACCAACUAUUAAAUCAAAAUUGAUCUGUAAAUAAUGUACAGUUGUUAUCUUGAUGCAAUACAAAUUUACUUUUAAAGAAAAAGAAUCUGUUUGUUUUGCAAACAAUAAAAAACUUAUUUUAUGGAUAACGUUAAUAAUUGUCUAAUCAAUAUUGUUCCUUUUUGCCUUGAAGAAAUGUACUUUAUAACGACUUGCGUUUAUUUUUGUUUUUCUUCUUUAAUCUUUCAAUGGUUGUGAUUUGCUUUUAUUUAAAAGCUUGACUGCAAAAAUAAUAUAGUAAAAAUUAACUGGCUGAAACUAUCGGAAGGCUGAAAAUACUUCAUGCUGGUAUUCAAAUGCGUUUUUUCUCCAUACAUGUGUACAUUAUUAUUUCUUUUUGAUAAAUCUAAAGAUAUAUACUAUCCAGGAAAUUGGUGUACAGGAAUGUGUUGUUUUCUGAAGAUCUGUGAACAUUUAAUACCUCUAAAAAUUAUCCGCUUUGACCUUUUCUUACGUAUUUAGUAUUUGUUGUAUGUUUUUCCUCUAUCAAUGAAUAGCUGUAUAUUCUCUAGCCAGAAUACAAUUGCCUUUGUUCAAUAUCAGAACUUUAACUAUCAACUUUUCCUUUUUCUUCUCUUAUCUGUUACUUACUUGGCUAUCACUAAGUAUUGCUAUCCAUCUGGUAUACUCAUCUAUAAAGUAAAUACAUUAAAACAAUACUACCGUGCCCAUUGUUAUGGAUUUAUCGUUAUCCCUCAUUUUGUCUUUUCCUCAUAAAUUUUUCCCUUAAUUUAAAUAUCUUUCGUUAACAACUGUUAAUCAACAAUAAUAUGUAAGUAGGUAUAAUUAUUGGCUUGAUUGAUUUGUAACAGUUUAAGUAGAUGAAUUUUUGACAUACUACAUUUGUCUCUCAAUUUUUUUUAUUUUUUCAUUUAAUUGAUAUUUAACAAAAAAUUCAUCAGGAUAAGUAGUAUACAGCUGGAAAAUCAACACUUCCUCCUAACCGCCUAUUUAUUCUUUUUUUUUCUUUUAUCAGAGAUAGGAAUUAAAUUCUGAUGGGUUUUUUACUUAAAUGUUUUUCUUUGCUCUUUUAAAGAGCCAAGUAUUAUGUGACAAAUUAAACUGAGACUGACUCAAUCAUCUCUAUCAAUUUCAGUUACGUCAAUUGUAAGCCCUUUUGAAGUCAUUAGAUGUGUCAGAUACUAAAUUAUUUCAUAUCCAUAAAUAAUUAGUAUUGUUUCAGUGCCUUACCUCUCUAGUGUGGUACCAUUUGUUUACUAAUGCCCCUAAGUGUCUUGACAUCAAAUCUUCAUCCUUAAAUUAUUUCCUAAAAACCAGCCUAUUCAGCACAAAAAGGUAGUUGGGAGGUUUUCCCACACAGAAGAAAAAAUUAAGGUAGUAAAUUUUCCUUCCAUUUCUUUGAAAUCAUGGUCAAAAUGUAAAAAAAAAAAAGAAGUCAGUCCAGAGUUAAUAAUGGUAUUUACCAGUUUAGAAUGUUUAAAGUAACAAAUGAAGGGUAUGUGUUUGUCCUUGAUGGUAAACAUAUUCAAAUUAUUCUAUUUUUUUUUGUUAUAGUUUUUGUAAUAAUUUAAAUGUAUGUUGAUAUUUUCUUUGCCGUGUAAUAUAUUUUGUAAAUCAUCUCGCAUAUUGUUACAUUAAACUCUGAUUGUGAAAUGUAGGGAAAUAAACGAAAGAUAUAUUAUCUUAAAUAAA